ACUGCAGACACCGCAGGCACAGGGGUCAUGACACCCGAGUAAACAAACGCACUCACCUAAUCCUCGCUUUCGUAUCCCCCGGCCAAAGAUGGCUGUAAUUUCGAGCUGUCACAGGCUGGCCUCUGUGAGCGCUCUCCGUUGAAAUACUCGGCCGAGAGCUGCACCGGAUUCUUGCAUUCGAUCAGGACGGGCGGGGAGCGAGCGGCGGCAUGGCGGCCAAGCCCCUGGUGCUGCGGGUGAAGAGCCAGCAGGGUCACUUCCGUCUGGACACCCUGACCGGAGAGAGCACGGUGGAAGAGCUCAAGGCCUGCCUGUUCAGCCUGACGGGCAUCCCGCCCCCGGCCCUGCGCGUGCUGGCCGACUUCCCGCCCCGGCCUCUGGACUGCUCCGACGAGCUCCGCCAGCUGGGUUCUUUCCCGGUCCGCUCCGGGGACACCCUUAUCGUCGAGGAGCAGCGGCCUCGCACGCCACAGGGCGUCGUCCGCAACCCGCAAGCGGCGGCCCGUAACCCCUCGAGCGGCGCCCGCUCCCCCGCCCAAGUGUCCGAGCCAGGGGUGCUACUCCGACGCUCCGUGCCCGCCGACAACUCCUGCCUCUUCACGAGCGUCUACUUGGCACUCUCCGGGGGUGACUACGACGCCGCUGCGGGUGCUGCCCUGCGCCAGAUUGAGCUGAGGUCCCCCAGCCGCGGCCAUGAAGAUCGCCAUCAUCGGCCAGAGUGCCUUCGCCAGCGACGUGUUCAAGCUGCUGCUCCAGAACGGGCACGACAUCGUGGCCGUCUUCACCAUCCCGGACAAGGCCGGCAGGGAGGACAUCCUCGCGACGACGGCGUCCGAGGCCGGCACCCGUGUCUUCAAGUUCCCCCGCUGGCGCCUGAAGGGCGUGGCCCUGCCCGAGGUCCUGGAGGCGUACCAGUCCGUGGGCGCCGAGCUGAACGUGAUGCCCUUCUGCAGCCAGUUCAUCCCGAUGGAGGUGAUCACAUGGCCCAAGCACCAGUCCAUCGUGUACCACCCGUCGCUGCUGCCUAGGCAUCGGGGGGCCUCGGCCAUCAACUGGACCCUGAUGGAAGGGGACACCACGGCAGGCCUGAGUGUCUUCUGGGCUGACGACGGCUUGGACACCGGUCCGCUGCUGCUGCAAAGGCAGUGCCCCGUGGAACCCAACGACACCGUGGACACGCUCUACAUGCGCUUCCUCUUCCCAGAGGGUGUCAAGGCCAUGGGAGAAGCCGUGGAAUUGAUUGCACAAGGAGUGGCACCGCGCACCGUGCAGCCCACAGAGGGCGCCACUUACGACGCCAUGCUCAACAAGCGUGAGCUCUGCAAGAUCGAAUUCGAUCGUCUGACAGGGGCAUCUUUACACAACUUUAUCCGAGGCAUGGACAAGGUACCUGGUGCGUGGAUCACGCUUGACGGCCAGGCCACUAAGGUCUUCGGAUCCAGCCUGUGGUCCGGUCCUGCACCCUCGGAUGCCCGCGAGGUGUGCGUCGAGGGCAUGUCCGGGCCCGGUCUAGUUCAUGCGGGAGGCCUGCUCCUCAGGGCCAGCGACGACGUGCUGGUGAACGUGCAGAAGUUGCAGUCCGAAGAAACCGGACGCAUGACCAGCGCCGCCAAGUACGGACAGGCCGACGAGAACGGUGACCUGGAACUCAGCGAGAGCGAAAACGCACUGGUCGAACAAUUAAGGGGCAUCUGGAAGGGCAUUCUCCGCUGCGAUGUGGACCAGGAGACAGAUUUCUUCAAAUGCGGCGCUGGUUCCAUGGACGUCAUCAGGCUUGUGGAGGAGGUGAAGGACAGCUGUGGCCUGGCUCUUGAAAACGAAGACGUGUACAUGUCCACCGUCUUCGAAGACUUUGCCAAGACGGCGGUGCUGCGCAGCCGCGGAGGUUCGGGCACUCCCACGCUCGUCUUCGACCCCGUGGUGGUAAAAGCCAACGGCAUGGACGUGAGCUUUGCCACGCAGCUCUUCAUCAACAACCAGUUUGUGGACAGCUCCUCGGGGAAAACGGUGGACAUCGUAAACCCAACGGACGAAAGCGUGAUCUGCAAAGUGCAUUGCGCCACACCCGAAGACGUCAACCGAGCUGUUCAAGCGGCCAAGGCGGCCUUUGAAGAUGGCGAAUGGGGUAGGAUGAGUGCGAGAGACCGCGGCAAGCUGAUGUACAGACUGGCCGACUUGAUGGACCAGCAUCGGGAGGAACUGGCGACCAUCGAGUCCCUGGACUCUGGUGCCGUGUACACGCUCGCGCUGAAGACGCACAUCGGCAUGUCCGUGGAGACGUUCCGCUACUUUGCCGGCUGGUGCGACAAGAUCCACGGCAGCACCGUGCCCGUGAGCCACGCCCGGCCCAGGAGGAACCUCAGCUUCACGCGCAAGGAGCCCAUCGGGGUCUGCGCACUCAUCACGCCCUGGAACUACCCACUGAUGAUGGUGUCGUGGAAGAGUGCCGCCUGUCUGGCGGCUGGCAACACGCUGGUCCUCAAGCCCGCUCAGGUGUGCCCGCUCACGGCGCUCAAGCUGGCCGAGCUCGCCGUCCACGCGGGCUUCCCACCCGGGGUCUUCAACGUGCUGCCGGGCUCCGGCACGGUGGUGGGCCAGGCGCUGUGCGACCACCCGGACGUGCGCAAGGUGGGCUUCACGGGCUCCACCGAGGUGGGCCGGGACGUGAUGCGCAGCUGCGCCGUGUCCAACAUCAAACGCUGCUCCCUCGAGCUGGGGGGAAAGUCGCCGCUCAUCGUCUUCGCGGACUGCGACAUGGACAUGGCCGUGCGACAGGGCAUGAACAGCGUUUUCUUCAACAAGGGCGAGAACUGCAUCGCGGCCGGGCGACUGUUCGUUGAGGAAUCCAUACACGAGCAAUUCGUGGAACGCGUGGUCUCUGAAACAAAGAAAAUUGUGAUAGGCGAUCCUCUCGACAGGCGAACGUCGCACGGACCCCAAAAUCACAGGAGGCACAUGGAAAAGCUUCUGGAAUACGUGGCUCAAGGAGAGAAAGAAGGAGCCCGCCUCGUCUAUGGAGGGCGUCGCCUCGACAGACCUGGAUUCUUCCUGGAGCCCACCGUUUUCGUGGACGUUGAUGAUCACAUGUUCGUGGCGAAGGAGGAAUCCUUCGGUCCAAUCAUGCUCGUCUCCAAGUUCAAGGACGGGGACGUGGACGGCGUGCUGCGACGCGCCAACGGCACCGAGUACGGCCUGGCGUCGGGCGUCUUCACCCGAGACCUGUCCAAGGCGCUGCGCGUGAGCGAGGGCCUCCAGGCGGGCACGUGCUUUGUCAACUGCUACAACAAGACGGACGUGGCGGCGCCCUUCGGGGGAUGCAAGCAGUCGGGCUUCGGCAAGGACCUGGGCGAGGAGGCGCUCAAGGAGUACCUCCAUGUCAAGUGCGUCACCGUCGAGUACUGAGCGGCCCCGCCACUUCUCAAUAAAAUCCGAGUGAAUUUAC